AUGUCGAAUCAACCAUCAAGAACAAUAGUACAGGAAAGCAACAUUCUACAUUUGAGACCAGGGUCUGAACCAACACCAUCAUCGUCGAAUCAGCAACCACCACAACAGGAGCAACAGCAAGAAACGACGUCAACAAAUAAGAAGAAACCACGAGUCAGAUGGACAGAAGGCACUGUUGAUAACGAACAUAUGAAUAAGAAGAAGACCAAAAUAUGCUGUAUCUUCCAUCCGCAACGAUCAUUUGAUGAAGAAGUUGAAGACGAUAACCAUAAUCAUAGCUGUUCGAGCUCAGACGAAAGUAGUGAUUCUUCAGACAGCGAGGGCGAUAAUGGCGAAGAUGACGAAUCAAGACGUUCUGGCGGCAUACCCAAACCUAAUGCGUACGAGUAUCAGCCACACUAUGAAAAUCGAUCGAAACCUCCUCAAUAG